GUUCGACCCACUUUGGAGCCGCCUGUCAGUCGACGACCACCAUCCCGCCUCAGCUCGCCUUCCCUCGUCUUCCCCAUUCUAUCCCCAGUGCUUCGCUGCCGGGCCCUGCGAUGGAUACCUCUUAUCAAUCAUCACCAUCCUCUUUCCCUCCCCGAAGGCCUGAUCUCAAGCGAAAGCUUGUAGUUGUGGGUGACGGUGGAUGUGGCAAGACAUGUCUUCUAAUUGUGUAUGCAGAAAAUCGAUUUCCAGAGGCCUAUAUACCAACAGUGUUCGAGAAUUACGUGACUCAGGUGCAUUUCGAAGGCAAGGAAAUUGAAUUGGCGCUAUGGGAUACUGCGGGACAGGAGGAGUAUGAUCGAUUGCGGCCACUUAGCUAUCCAGAGAGCAAUGUCAUACUCAUUGUUUUCUCCAUCGAUUUCCCAACAAGCCUAGGAAACGUCCUGGAUAAGUGGUAUCCUGAAGUGGCCCAUUUCUGCGAGGGGACGCCGUUGAUCCUAGUGGCGACAAAGAUCGAUCUUCGGAAGGACGAGCAGACAAAGCGGAUGUUGGGCGCCCAAGGUCAAACACCUGUCAGCUUUGAGCAGGGAUCCAGCGUGGCCAAAGAGAUCGGCGCAAAAUACGUAGAAUGUUCUGCGAAAACGGGAACCGGCGUCCACGAUGUGUUCAAUGUGGCUUUGAAAGAAAGCUUAAAGGGAAGAUGGGGGAAGAUCGUACGGGAACGACGAUGUGUUGUGAUAUAGCACAGGCUCUCUUGGACAAUAGGCAGGGACUACUCUACUGAUAUUCGUUUUCAUCUCGUUCUCGAGUUGUUCUACUAAUUAUUUAUUAUUUUUGCAUCAGAUAUGUAUCAAUGUACGCAUUUAGUUGGUGAAAGAAGCAAACCUACGAGGCCAGACCCGUACCCGAACUGUACUUCAGCUACAACCCAAUAUUAACGACCCAACACACUACGUGCCCCCCCUCUCAUGCUACUCCCCCUACUGUAUUUACAAUGGACUGGUUUAACAACGUACUACGUAAAAGGUUUAAGGUACAAUAAAAUGAGAGCAAGAUACAU